AUGGCACCUUACAUAUCAGUGGUUGUCAUAGACACAUGCUGUAAACGUGGCAUGUUCCAAAGGGACAUUAUACUCCAAAACCUGCUGGUCAACAAGGACACCACAGAAGUCAAAUGUAUAGACUUUGGCUGUGGCAAUCAUCUAAGGAAAUUCCACUACAAGAAGAGAUUCGGCUGCACGAGGUAUUUGGGCACAGAAGAAUACUGCCCCCCUGAGGUGCACUUCCAAAAGAAGUACCAUGGCAAAACAGCAACUGUAUGGUCACUGGGAAUUAUGCUAUUCAGGAUGGUGUGUGGCCAUUUUCCAUAUGGACAUGAACUGUACAAGAUUGUGUCCUGGGGCCCUCAGGAGCCACAUGUUUUCAGAGGCUACAACAAUCAAGUCAACUUCAGCCAUAUCAACUGCUAUAACAUAAAAAGGAGAUUACCUUGA